AUGGUCCCAAACCCCGUUGCGCGUUGGUUCCAGGGACAGCCUCAACGCAAAUUCUCCACUCAUCCAGAUACCUCAUUCCCCAUCGAAGUAAGGAAACAGCUUCAGACGCAAGGCCUCACACCUCCUAAUGUCGAAAGCCAUGCUCUCCAAGCGCAAAGAUGUCUCAAACAAUUGGAAUCGAAAACCAGUCCAAUUGAGAAGUACAUCUACUUGAGUAACUUGCGAAAUACCAAUGUUCAUCUCUUCUACCGUCUUGUUAUGAGUAAUUUCACGGCUCUUACGCCUUUAAUAUACACGCCCGUUGUUGGUGAAGCUUGUUUGAAGUGGUCCGAUAUAUAUCAGCAUCCAGAAGGUCUCUACCUUUCGUACAAGGAUCGAGGAUCUCUAGCAAAGAUACUCCAGAACUGGCCCCAAUCACAAGUUGAGAUCACCGUGGUUACUGAUGGCUCACGCAUCCUGGGUCUUGGAGAUCUAGGCAUCAACGGCAUGGGUAUCCCAGUUGGAAAGCUUUCCUUAUACACGGGAUGUGCUGGUAUCCGACCGGAAGUCACCUUGCCAUUGACAUUAGAUUUGGGAACAAAUAAUGAGAAGCUCUUGAAUGACCCGUUUUAUAUGGGUUCUCGAAUGAAGAGAGUAUCUCCCAAGGAGGAGGCCGAAUUUAUGGAUGAGUUGAUGGAAGCUUUGAACAAGACGUGGCCUGGGAUCGUGGUUCAAUUCGAAGAUUUCAAGAACCCAUGGCCAGCGUUGGAGAAAUAUCAACACAAAUUUGCUUGUUUCAACGAUGACAUCCAGGGAACUGGGGCGGUGAUCUUGGCCGGAGUCAUGAAUGCACUGAAGGUGACUGGUGUGCCGGUCAAAGAUCAACGAGCGGUAUUCAUGGGAGCUGGCAGUGCAGGGACCGGUGUCGCAAAACUCAUUGCGGAAUUCUUCAUGAAGGAAGGCCUGACUGAAGAUGAGGCACGGAAAUGCUUCUGGUUUGUAGACAGCAAGGGAUUGAUCACAAACGAUAGAGGCGACAAGCUCGCCGAGCACAAGACUUACUUCUCUCGCGAUGACAACCAAGGAAAGCAGUUCAAAUCGCUCAGUGAAGUUGUCGAAUAUGUCAAGCCAACCAUGAUCAUGGGAAUGUCAACAAUCCAAGGAGUCUUCGAUGAGGCUAUCCUCAGAAGGAUGGCCGAGCUCAACGAACGUCCUAUCAUAUUCCCGUUGUCAAACCCAUCCAGCCAAUCUGAAUGUACCUUUGAAGAAGCCAUCAAUUUCACAGAUGGACGAGCGGUCUUCGCCAGUGGGAGCCCGUUCCAACCGUAUACCUACAAUGGCAAAGUGCAUAUGCCAAGUCAGGGAAACAACAUGUACGUCUUCCCUGGAAUCGGUCUCGGCUCUAUCCUGUGCAAAGCCGUCCAUAUCACAGAUGAAAUGAUAUAUGCAUCGGCGGUUGCCCUCAACAAAACGACUAACGAGAAGGAGCUCGAGUCAGGCAUGCUGUACCCAGAGAUCACAAGAAUUCGGGAGGUCAGCGUGACGGUAGCACGCGAAGUGAUCCGUCAAGCCCAGAGACAAAACCUUGACCGGGAAAAGUCAAUCAUUGGUUUGAACGACGCCGAAUUGGAUGCGUGGAUUAGGACGAAGAUGUACGAUCCCGCUGCUCACGUUGAGGGGCAAACAUUUGCAAAAUUUCCCGGAGGGAAGUCUCUUCUUUAG